GGUGCCACUCGUCUACCUGCAUUCUCAAUGGAUGGUGACUAUGUUGUUGGUGGUGUUUUCUCCAUACACCACUACACCUACACAGUGACAAACAACUACACCACCAUGCCUGAUUCGAUAAGAUGCUCAGGGAGCAUCAACUCUCGUGAACUGCGCUUCUCGCGCGCAAUGAUCUUCGCCAUCGAGGAGAUCAACAACAGCACGAAGCUGCUGCCGGGCAUCAGACUCGGUUAUCAGAUCUACGACUCGUGCGCGUCUGUACCUGUUGCGGUGCACGUGGCAUUCCAGCUUUCAAGCGGCCUGGACCCGGUGUUUCAUGCCGGGGAGAAAUGCUCUCAGUCGGGUAAGGUGAUGGCCGUGGUCGGUGAUUCCGGGUCCACGCCAUCCAUCAGCAUGUCGCGCAUCAUCGGGUCCUUUAACAUUCCGCUGGUUAGUCACUUUGCCACCUGUGCAUGCCUGUCUGAUAAGCAACAGUACCCCAGUUUCUUCAGAACCAUCCCGAGUGACCAAUUCCAGGCUGACGCGCUGGCAAAGCUGGUCAAACACUUUGGUUGGACUUGGAUAGGUGCUAUCCGAUCGGAUUCGGAUUAUGGGAACAGUGGUAUGGCGUCUUUCCUGAAGGCAGCGCACAAAGAGGGGAUCUGUGUGGAAUAUUCAGAAUCUUUCUAUCGGACCAACCCACGUAGCAGGAUCCAGAGAGUAGCCGACAUCAUCCGCAGGUCGACAGCUGUGGUUAUUGUGGCAUUUAUGUCCCCUGGAGACUUGAGGAUUCUGCUGGAGGAGCUGUUGCUGAAGCCCUCUCCACCUCGCCAGUGGAUAGGCAGCGAGUCCUGGCUUACUGACCCAGACAUGCUGAGGUUCAGUUUCUGUGCUGGAGCAAUCGGAUUUGGCAUUGAGCGAGCUCUCAUCCCAGGACUGAGAGACUUCCUGCUGGAUCUCCCUCCCUCUAAAGUGUCUGCCUCUCCGAUGCUGACUAAGUUCUGGGAGGAACAAUUCAACUGCAGGCUGGAAAAAAGUGUCUCAGACAAGAACAUCUGUAAUGGAACUGAAGACAUAGAGAAAAUCCAGAGCCCAUACUCUACAACUCAGUUCAGAAUUACUAACAUGGUGUACAAGGCUGUUUAUGCAAUAGCACAUGCCAUUCAUAAUGCAGUGUGUCAGGAAACACAUUCUAUAACCCAGUGUGACAAACUCACCAGCAUAGAGAUCAAAGAGGUUCUCAAUCAGUUGAAGAAAGUUACAUUUUCCCAGAAUGGUUAUGAUGUGUCAUUCGAUGCCAAUGGGGACCCUGUGGCCACAUACGAGCUGAUUAACUGGCAGAAAACCGAGAGUGGCAGCAUUGAGUUAGUGACAGUAGGACACUACAAUGCAUCUCUGCCAGUGGACCAGGAAUUCCAUAUCAAUGGGAACCUCACCUGGGUGGAGGGUGGCACACAAGUGCCUGUGUCAGUCUGUUCUGACAGCUGUCCUGCAGGUACUCGGAAAGUGCUGCAGAAAGGAAAACCCAUCUGCUGUUAUGAUUGUGCAUUGUGUCCCGAGGGAGAGAUUAGCAAUGCUACAGAUUCCCCUUAUUGUUUCCCUUGCCCCGAGGAAUUCUGGCCUAAUGCAAAGAGAAACAAUUGUCUCCCCAAGCCUAUAGAGUUUCUUUCCUUCAACGAGGGUCUAGGAAUCAUCCUGUGUGCAUUCUCAGUUGGAGGGGCCUGUCUUGCCGUCCUAACAGCGGCUGUGUUCCACCAUCAUAGGACAUCCCCGAUUGUCAGGGCCAACAACUCUGAGCUGAGCUUCCUGCUGCUCUUCUCUCUGACUCUGUGUUUCUUAUGCUCAUUAACUUUCAUUGGAGCCCCCUCUGACUGGUCCUGCAUGCUGCGCCACACAGCAUUUGGGAUCACCUUCGUCCUCUGUAUAUCUUGUGUUCUUGGAAAAACGAUAGUCGUGUUAGUGGCCUUCAAAGCCACUCUCCCAGGUGGUAAUGUCAUGAAGUGGUUUGGUCCUCCACAACAAAGAAUGACCAUACUGUCUUUCACCCUUAUUCCAGUUGUAAUAUGUACUCUUUGGUUGGUUCUUAGCCCUCCUUUUCCAAUGAAAAACCUAACCACGUACAAGGAGAAAAUCAUCCUGGAGUGUGCACUGGGCUCCACUUUUGGGUUCUGGGCCGUGCUCGGGUACAUCGGCCUGCUGGCUGUGUUUUGCUUUGUGCUAGCUGUCCUAGCCCGGAAACUACCUGAUAAUUUUAAUGAAGCCAAGCUCAUCACGUUCAGCAUGCUGAUAUUCUGUGCAGUCUGGGUCACCUUUAUCCCAGCGUAUGUCAGCUCUCCUGGUAAAUUUACUGUGGCUGUGGAGAUUUUUGCCAUUCUGGCCUCCAGUUUUGGACUCAUGUUGUGUAUUUUUGCACCAAAGUGUUUCAUCAUAUUGUUUCAGCCAGAGAAAAACACCAAGAAAUUUUUAAUGAACAAAACUUAAUGCUAGAUUAUCUGACAUGAAAUACUUCAAAAUGGCAAUUGAAAAAACUUUUACUCAAAGUCAAAAAGGGGAAACAGAGAGAUCAUGUUUCUUAUGUGCACUCUUGGCUAUAACUAACUGGCAUAAAAUAGCCCUAAUGUCCAUAAUUAAUCUCUGUUUUGAGUCAAUCUAAUUCAGAAUAUUAGCAUAACAGUUAAGCUCUCACUCCAAAAUGUUUAAACAAUUAAGGAACUAUUUGUAACCCCUGAUUCUGCAGCUUUCCAAUGUGAUCUGUAAAAGAAACAAACUACAUUGUGGCUGCAAAAGCCAAGUUCAAUAAACAAUCUCAUGAUGUGCACAUUCAACUUGUUUAUCUAACUAUUUACAUUAACGGUUGUCACAUUUAAUGUUUAAUUCAUUUUAAUGUAUUUUUGUGGAAAUCCUUUUAAAAUCACUUAUUUUACGAAUAUUGCUAUACCACAGCAUACUAGCUAUAAAAUAAAGUAAAAAGAAAAAAUGUAAAUAUGCAUAUCUUUUACUCAAUCAAUUAACAACCUAACCACACAAAAAACAGUGUCACAACUGCAUGGCAGAAGCAGGAUUCAAAUGCAGAGUGUCAAAUAAUAAAGGCUUUACUCUAUUUACCGGACACAAAAUACCUACAGACUACUCACAAGGCCAUUCAGGAACUUUCAAUGACGCGACAAGUAUGGAAGUAAAUCUGUGUCAUCGGGGGUUGAAAUAAAAAGGUGAUUGAAUUUCUAGCACUGAAUAUUUAUGCAUUGAAUUAAUGUAUCUGAAUGUUUUUCAACAUUAAAAUACUGCAAAAAAUUCAACCUAAAAAAAAUCACUAUUAAAAUAUUCAGCCGCAAAAAAAAUCAUGGUUACAAUAUUCAGCCGCAAAAGAAAUCAUGGUUACAAUAUUCAGCCCAAAAAAUUCAGCCGUGAGAACACGAACAUCCGGGACACUAAGGUAGAGCAAUCGAUUCUAGAUUCAAGAUCAGGAGCGUGCGUCAAGCAAAAGAAGCGAGCACCCAAUACACCUUGGGCUUCGGACUGUAGCCAUGUCCAAUAAUAACGGGGCUUUAACUCUUCUUUAUGCCAUCAGUGUGGCAACGUAUAAAGAAAUACAUAAAAGAACAUAUAAUGUUCACCCUGAACCAAAGCGUUUGCUUGCCAGUGACGAUUUAUUACAAGUAUACUGUCACAGGGUGGGGUCAAGUUGGGUUUUUGUCGGCAUGUUUUGGUCUUGUCAUUUCCGUUUUAUUUUGAAAGUAGUAACCUUCCUCUCGUUUCAGGUCACUUGCCCUUCCUCAUGUCACCAGUCGAAUCGUCUCCCCUGAUUCCUGAUUGUGUCCACCUGUUUCCCAUUACCCUCAUGUGUCUUAUAGUCUGCGUCUCCCUUUGUCUUGUGCCUGAGUGUACCACCGUGCGUUCACCCAAGCCUCGCCACAGCCACAGCCACAGGAUUUGUUUAUACCAUUGCCUUGUCUCGGAAUGAUUACCCCUUUUGUUUUUCCUCUGAGUAAGAGUGACCUUUUGUUUGAGCUUCUUAGAUUUAGUUUUAGCGCGCUUUCGAAGCCGUUCGUUUUCCUCGUUUAAGAGAGAUUUUAGUUUGUUAACUUUUGUCGGAAACGCUGAUAGCUCAUAGCCGUUUGUUUGUUUUUUCACGACGCGAAUAAAGACGCCAAACCCUCUGCAUCUGAGUCCUCAUUUUA